AUGACGAUAUCCACACUCACUCUCAAUGAUGGCAAUCAAGUCCCCUGGAUCGCAUUUGGCACCGGCACGAAGCUUCGCCAGCAAGAUGCACAGAGCCCUGUCGAAAACGCCAUCGCCAACGGUUUCACGCAUCUCGAUGGUGCCCAGAUGUACGAGAAUGAAGAGAGCUUGGGCAUUGCAAUCAAGGCCUCUGGAACACCACGCUCUGCGCUCUUCGUUACCACUAAACUCAAUCAACUGCAGCCAAAUCAGACUGCUAAGACUGCGCUGCAGGUGUCUUUGAAGAAAUUAGGCUUGGAGUACGUAGAUCUAUAUCUUGUGCACGCGCCCGGACACCAUACAGGCCAGCUGAAGGAGGUGUGGAAGAUGAUGGAGGAGUGCAAGAGGGAAAGACUAGCAAAGUCCAUUGGGGUGUCAAAUUUCGGGGUUGCGCAUCUGCAAGAGAUCUUGGAGGGUGCCGAGUUUCCGCCUUCAGUCAACCAGAUUGAGAUCCACCCGUAUGUGUGGAAGUCUUUACAGCCUGUGAUGGCGUUGCACAAAGAGCACGGCAUCAUCACGUCCUCUUAUGGUGGCCUAACGCCUCUCUUCCGCGCACCCGGAGGACCCCUGGAUCCCGUCAUCGAGAAAAUUCGGGCACGCCUUGAGUUCACUCGAGGGCAACCUGUGUCACUCGGCCAGGUACUUAACAAGUGGUUGCAGAGUACGGUAUCCUGGUCGUCACUAUCGAACAGCACUUCGAGCAAGGCGGAUAGGAUGAGAGAGUAUCUUGAUACCGCCAAUGUUCCAGAAUUGACAGCUGAAGAGAUCGAGUCGAUUGAGAAUGCUGGGGCGCAGCAUUACUAUAAAUUCUUGGUAUUGUCGGAUUGA